AUGGCUUCCUAUACCAAAGUGUCGAGGUCUUCACUCUAUGAAUCCGGAGAUGAGCUACAAGACAAUCCAACAUAUAUUCCCGAUUUGAACCUAGAAAUCAUCGAGGUGGAACAUACCGAAGACUUGAAAGAAGAGCAGCCUGAAGACGAGUUUGACUUCCCGUUAUUUUCGUUUGGUUCAGCUCCCUCAUCCCAAAACCAUCUGGUUGGUGAUUCUCAAAAAAGAGGACGAACAGAAACCAAGAUCAUGAAGGUCAAUCUCAGAGAAGAAUCUGUUGAGACUUUGAGGUCGGAAAGGCCUAGUAGUUACUACUUCGCCCAGUACACUGAAGAACAGAGGGCUAAUUUCCAUCUCGUGGCUGUAACUGGAGAAGACAUAUGGAGUCGAGUAGAGUUGGCCACCAGCACAAAUGAUUGGUACCGCCAUCGUAUUCUUGAUGCCGAUGUACACAAUGCCAAUAUAAGUCCAGAAAGACCUAGUAGGAAACGGCCGGGGAAGAAUAAGAGAGAUGGGAGAAUAGAGUCCAAGAAACGUCAGGCUGAAGCAAGAAGAGUACAUAGGGAGAACGAGAGACGUUUGUUAAAGAAGAAGAUGCACAAGCGAGGCGGCAAGAAGAACAAGAAGGCUGCCAAGCCAGUUUCAUGA